AUGGUGGCUCUAACCCACCGACCUGUCCAAGAUGUGGGCGAGUCAGGGAAACCGUCCCGCAUGCUAUUGUUCAGUGUUCGGUGGUUUCAGAUGUGGUCACCACAACACAAAACAAAAGCGACAAGAACGAGAGGCAGUUGUACUGCUAAUAACGACGGCAAAAAUGUUGAUAAUGUUGAUGAUGACGACAAUGGUGUUGAUGAUAAAUAUAAUGAAGAGGACGACGUUGACGACAACUACGGCCAAGACGACGAAUAUGUCGAUGACGAUGAUGGUAAAGACGAUGAAGAAAAUGGUGGCGACGACGACGAUGAUAGCGACGACGACGGCACCUCAGCUGCCGAUGACGAUGCUGUCGUCGCCGUCGGUAACAACAAUGAUGAUGUUGAUGUAGGCGGCGGCGGCGGCGAAGACAACGCCAAAGACGACAACGUAAACAACAACGAUGGUGAUGGUGGUGCUGAUGAAGUUUACGAAGAUAAUACUGACGACGAAGACGACGGCUACAUCAAUGAUGAUAUUGGUAAUGAUACUGACACCGAAGGAACGUACUUUUCAUCUGAAAAAAUACACACUUUGAAUAAAGCCAGAACUCUGUAUUAG